AGCGAAGGAGGAAUCAGCACAGUGAGCAGAUAGAAAGUUGGAAUCAUUUCAACCCUAUUCAAGGUAAACGGAUCUGGGAAGAUGCUAGAAGUGAGCCAUGUAACUGUCUGUCUUGUCCUCGCUGUCUGUCUGCUUCAAUGGACUGCUGGGAGGGCGAUUCUCACUGAGGCUUCUACAGAGUCGUUUCACUCUACAAUUGUUUUGGAUGUGGGUUCACAGUCAGUAUCCAGUGAAGAAAAGUCAGCAGCAGACUUGGCAGCUAAGCUCCUACUUCUAGAUGAACUGGUUUCUCUGGAGAACGAUGUGAUCGAGACCAAAAAAAAGAGAAGCUUUCCUGGCUUUGGAUCUCCUCUUGACAGGCUUUCUGCAGGUUCCAUCGAAUUAAAAGGAAAACAGAGAAAAGUGGUAGAUCUUCCAAAAAGAAGAUUUGGGAUUCCUCUUGACCGAAUUGGGGUGAAUCGCCUUGCUAAUACCAGAGGUUAAAGAAAAUAAAAAGUACACACACCCUGGAUGAUAGAUGAUACAUCUAUGGUUGCCACAAAAACACUGCUGAUGCCUCAGAGAAGAUCCUGCUGUUGAUUUAUGUUGCAAUGUUUAAUGAAUUGACCAUCUAUAAAUCUAUUUCACAUCCUCUGUCAAAACAAUAAUAGAUUCAAUCCAUCAGAUCAGAACUUUUACUGCCAGGGUGUGUCUGCUCCGAUCACAGGGUGCAAUUCUGUAUAUAAUGCACUGCAUGCCAAUACUUCUCAUUUCUAAAAUGAGCAAUUUCAAAAAUUAUGUUUUAAUAUUAACAUGACGACAAAGUAAGAGAAAUUAAGCAGCAUUUUAUGGUUUUAUGUUAUUGUCUUUGUUAGAUUGCAGCUGAAGUUAUUUGUACUGAGGAAUGACCUUAGAGCACUUGUAGUUAUACCGAGAAUGUCAGUGCUCAUUCUAUCACCCCAGCAAAGAGCAUUAACCAUUGCACCGUAUCUUCCAUUGCCUGCUAGCCUGGUUUUAUGAAGCUACAUAUUAUUUAUGGAGCUGUGAUCCCACUUAUCACUUUGUAAAAACAACUGUCUGUGUUUAACCCUUUACAUACCAGUUUGGGGUUGUCUGUUUUAUGACCCCCUUUAGCA